AUGUUGGGUAUGCCGCAUAUCAAAGAGAUGGUAUACGAAAACCGAAUGACCUAUGCCGAGAAACACGGCCUGGAGUUUAUGUGGGCGAACAUGACCAGCUAUAACCUACUCGAUGGCGCACCAAUCUAUUGGAACAAGAUACCCAUUAUGCAAGAUGCAUUCGCACGCUUCCCCGACGCUGAUUGGGUCUGGUGGAUGGAUAUCGAUAUUAUCAUCAUGAAUUUGUCUCUCAGUAUUCAUGAUCACGUUUUGUCACCAGAAGGAAUGGCUCGAAAUAUCCUUCUCAAUCACUCUAUGACUGGAGCUGGUGGUGGUGAGACUGGUUACCGCAGCCCGUCAACAUAUGAGCAUGACGAUAUCAAUUUUGUCAUCUCAAUGGAUCAUUGGGGUAUGAACGUGGGUAAUUUCCUCAUGCGACGAAGCGAAUGGAGCGACUGGCUGCUAGAUUUGUGGAUUGAGCCGCUCUAUAUUUCACAAAAUUGGGUUUUCCCCGAAAAUGACGGGUGGACACAUAUGUGGCAAUACCACGAGAUCGUUCGGAAUCAUACAGCCUGCAUGAACCAACAAUCGAUGAAUACAUAUCCGGAUUACAAUAUACUUGGGCAACACUGGCAGCCAGGAGAUCAUAUCGUUCAUUUCGCUGGCUGUGGUGGCGAUGUGAUAUGUGAAAGUGCCUGGGCCAAGUACUGGAAUUUGCGAGAGGAGGUCGAGGUUUCGUCCUCUGUGAAGAGGAAGUUGGAAGAUGGUACUGCCGAGAUUGAAAAGUUUCAAGGCAAUGUCAGAUUGUAA